AUGGAAGUUUUUCUUCAUAAUCUCCCCAGUCAUCUAACGGAUGAGGGUCUGAGAAAGCAGCUUGAACCUUUUGUUAGGCGACUGGGAAUCGUCGACUAUCUAUGUGAGAAGCCAAAAAGGAAACCAUUCGGGCAUGUGACGUUUCUUCAUCGAGAGGACGGUGAGAGAUUCAUCCUCGCUCAUGGGCAGGAGGAGCUUCCGCAGGCUAUAGGCACGCGUGGACGACCGCGCCUCAAGUCCAAGAUGCAACUGGUGGGCACUGAUGUUUUUUGCGCUCGAAGCAAGCGGCCACCACAGGAGCUUGCCCUUCGUAGCCUAGAGCAUACGGCUGAGCAACGUACAAAGGACAGCGUACACAAGUAUGAAGAAGAGGUGUCCGUUUCCUUUGGGCUACAGGGAGUCAGUUGUGGUUAUUGCGAGUUCUCUGGAGAUCAAGUGGCCUACGUCCCUGAAGUGCAAUUUCAAGAUACGGGAAUUAUGAAAUUCAAGAAGCGUGUGAUUAUUGUCAAGUUGAGAACCAAUCGCCUCAUUCGAAUUCCUCUCAGUACAGUCGUCGGUCUCGUCUGGUCCCGUAAAGGAGAUAUGACCUUGACGCUCUCCACGGUCCCAUACUUCUUUUCGGUUGAAACAUCUGUUGAUAUCCUGAUGACGAUGGUGUAUAAUCUAAGCAUCAAGUCUCACGGUGUUGCAAAUGGCGCGGCACCUACACGAUUACGCAAGUGCUCACUGGACCAGCGACAUGCAGAGGUUGUUGGGCAAUGCUUGGUGUACCAGUUCAGAGUCUCCCCAAUCGACCUUCUUACGGCGAUACAAGAACUGAAGCACUGGGAAGUAACGAUUAUACACUACGAUCUGAUCUCUGGAGGCAUUCGUUCGGUGACUUUCGAAGAACAUAUGAGUUUGUUCAGGAGACAACUCGCCUCUUAUGCCAGGGAGAACUUACUCCCUUUCGGCGUCCUCUUCCAACUCCAAGCGCUUGCCUAUAACGGAUACCUCUUGCCACAAACAGUAAUGAGUCUGGCAAAUGAGCUUUGGAAAGAAUACAAGGCAAACAGAAAGGAAGGCCAAACCCCAAUAUCCGUCCCGUCUAUUCGAAAGCUCUUUGGCAUGAUACCCUGGCGGUUUCCACACGAGGAUCCCGCGAACCUUGAAGUCGCAUCUUUGAUGGCCGCACUUCGCCAAAAUGAGAAGGAUAUACAACUGGGCAUCGUGCAGGGACAAGGUGUCCUGGGCCCAACCCAGAAUCUAGCGCUGAUCCACAGGGUAAUGGUAACCCCGACACGGGUUACACUCCAUGGCCCAGAACCCGAGCCUUUCAAUCGCAUUCUCCGGCGGUUUCCAAACCAUCACGACAACUUCAUCCGAGUUCAAUUCUGUGACGAAGAAGGAGGUGAUCUAUAUUUUAACUCAAGAGUCAACUUUGAUGAUGUUUUUUCUCGAUUCAAGAAUGUCCUCACUCGCGGAAUCCAGAUUGCAGGCCGAACUUACUCGUUUCUUGGAUGGUCCCAUUCUUCUCUCAGAGCGCAUUCAUUUUCUUCCCCUUUCUUUGACGCGAAUGGUAACUUCCAGACGUAUUUCAGCAUCAUCAAAGCUCUUGGUGAUUUUUCCAAAAUUAUCUCUCCGGCUCGGUGUGCCGCACGUAUCGGGCAAGCGUUCUCAGAGACGCCGUUUGCCGUCCCAAUCAAGGCAAACAACAUUAAUAUAGUGGAGGUGCCAGACAUGAGGUCGGAAGAUGGUUCAAGAGUAUUUAGCGAUGGAGUGGGGUCACUUUCAAUCGGCGCCCUCCAUAAGAUAUGGGCAAAUAUACCCUCCAAGAAGGGGAGACCUACGUGCUUCCAAAUUCGUCUAGGAGGAUCCAAGGGCAUGAUAGCAGUUGAUAGCAGACUCCCCGGCUCUGUCAUACAGGUUCGACCAUCCAUGAUCAAAUUUGAUGCUGAUAUGAUAGACUUGGAGAUCUGCGACAUGGCCAACAAACCAAUACCACUUGUGCUGAACCGACAGAUGAUUAAGAUCCUGGAGGAUAUGGGAGUCGCGGAGGAUUGGUUUUUCAAUCUUCAGACUACUCAACUGCAGCACCUUCGGAGCAUCACCGCAAGCGCGCGAAACACGGCUGUCUUCAUCAAAAGACAGGCCAUCGGAGACUGUUCCGGGCUCUUUAGACUAUUUUAUCAAGCUCACCUCCUUCAGAUUAACUACAAAAAGGUACCUUUUCUGCGUUCACUCGUCGAAGCGGUGGUACUCCGUGAAGUUCGUCUGCUGAAGCACAGGGCCCGCAUUCCUGUGAAAAAGGGCAUAACGCUUUUCGGUAUUGUAGACGAGACCGAGUUCUUGCAGAGCGAUGAGGUGUACGUGACAUUUGAAACCGUGGAAGGACGGUUUGAGCCACCACCACCUCCCGGAAGGCUUCUGAUAACGCGCUCGCCAGCUCUCCAUGACGGAGAUAUACAGCAGGCUUACCAGGUACUUCCACCGGCAAAUCAUCCAUUAAGACAACAUCGAAACUGUGUCGUCUUUAGUGCGAAGGGAGACCGUGAUCUUCCAAGUAAACUGAGUGGAGGAGAUCUUGAUGGCGAUAUCUACAACAUUAUCUGGGACCCGGAGGCACGACCAAAAUGCACAUUCAAGCCUGCUGACUACCCUCGGGUCGAGCCUCUCAGCGUAGGCCGUCUCGUUACGGCUGAUGAUAUGGCUGACUUUUUUAUCGAUUUCAUGAGGACCGAUCAUCUAGGAGUUAUCGCUACUAGGCACAUGAUCUUGGCGGAUCAGAAGGAUGAAGGCACAUCUCACCCGGAUUGUAAAAGACUUGCUCAGUUACACUCGACGGCGGUGGACUUUUCGAAGACGGGAAUUCCCGUAGAGUUGGGUGAGCUUCCAAAAGCGAACAACUUCAGGCCGGACUUCUUGGCUCCAGGGCCUCAGGCGCACAUUUAUGCGAAAUCCGACAUUUACUUGGAUCGAUAUGUUUUGCAGACCGCAUAUGACGAAGACGACGACCACGAGCUUCCACGAAAGUACUACAGAUCCGAAAAAAUCCUUGGAAAGCUAUACCGAGCGGUAGACGAGCGAAAAAUCUGGUUCAAUGAGAUCCAUUCGGAAACCGCUCCAGAUGAAGAGUUUUUCUGGGAAGAAUUUAUUUGGUCAAUCACCAGGCGCUGCAAUGCUUUUUCGCCAAUUUCAUGUGAACGUUGGAUAGACGAAGCUACGUGCAUCCGGCUGGCGUACGAGGACGCAAUCUUUUCCGCAAGAAACAAUUACUCCGACCACCCAAUCAAGCCACUUAGCGAGCUAGAGGUCUUUAUCGGCUCCGUCAUAAACAAGUCUGGCGUACAAACUCGUCGACAGCGCGAUCAAUCGCAGAAACUGGCGGACGAGUUUGAGCGUAUUGCCUCGUGGAUCACGGACCAGAUGCACAGACAUCGCAAGGUGGAGAUUCCGCGUACAGACUAUAAAACAGGCACAGAAACAUUAGAGCUCUGCCUUGCGUGUUUCCAAGUUGCCGAAGAACAGAAUGCCGAUAGCACGUAUGGUCGUAGGAACGAUUAUGGCGAGCUCAAGAGCUUUCGAAUCGUUGCAGCUUGUGCGCUGCUUGCCGAGCUGGAUAUCCUCGAGAAGGGACAAAAGCAGAGCCUAGAUUCGGGCUUGACGGGUUGA